CCAACGUUAGAUGGAUUUGUCAUGAAUCGUGUUAUCGGAGAUUAUUUCGAAAAUCUUUUGUAUCAGAUUUUUGUGGCGAUCGAUGAGCAAACGACCGUUAAAGAGUUAUCGGAAACGUUGGAUAUCGAUUUGGGAUUGGUGAAGAAUGCAGUGUCAGUGUUUUGCCGAUUGGGUUUCGCCAAGAAGCGUGUCACUGGCCUUGAAAAUAUCGCGCUUCAUAGCACAUGGGCUGCCAACUACAAUACUUCUCCAUCGCUUAACGACACAGCAACAGUAACAACGACCGAUUUCAACGACGCAUCGUUAACGUCCUCGUCGAAUAUUGUGGAUCUGAUCGAAUGCGAUUACGAUGAUGCUCUUAUGAGUACGUCAGUGUCGCACUCGAACGACCAAGAGCAUUCGCCCAGUAAUCACGGUCAACUCUUAGCAACAGCAACAUCAGCAGCAGCAGCAGCAACUACUGCAACACCAACUCCAAUCGGAUCAUCAGAUGGAUCGAAACGCAUCGCAUUUUUAUUCGAUUCAACUCUGACUGCUUUCCUUAUGAUGGGUAAUUUAUCAGCUUCUCUAAAAAAUCAUGCGGUUACAUUGUUCGAAGUUGGUAAAUUAAGUGAUGAGGCGUUGGACAAUUUUGUGGAUGAAUUGCAGAAUGUGAAGCAAUUCGUUGAAGGAGAAGCACAGCGUUAUUCGGAGCAUGCUCAGAAUUUGUUAUCGACGAUUCUUUCGUUGAGAGACACUAGUGAAUUGGAUUUGAUUCGUGGCGAGAGUUUAUUCUCUCUGGAUCAUUCCACUCGACUUCGACUCAUUUCCAAGACAUACCGGUUGAUUGUUUCGAUGGCUCCGCUUAGUGCUAGUGCAUGUCCACUGUGCACUCCGUCUUUGCCUCACUUCGGACCCGCAGUUCCAGAGGUCUCUUCAUCGUGGUUCCAAUUGUAUUUGUACUCUGAGCUGGGUGAUGGUCCCAUCUCGAUGUUCAUUGCGAAAGGAACGAGAUUGGUGACAUUACCGCGAAUAUUCUGGAAAUCAUCGAACCUAUUGAUAAAAACUUCAUCUCAUGAACCCAUAAUCCAGUCAAUUGAUUACUGCUUAUCAACAAUUAAUGAUACUCUCCGAACACAUUCUGUUUUCAUACAGGAGUAUAGUGAUGUGAUUGAUGAUAGUGAGAUUGUAAACGUACCGUUCCCUUUCGUUGAUUGCCAUCUUGAAAAAGGUUUGCUUAUUCGUGAAACGUUUGAUGAAAAGAAUGCAACGAUGUUCACUGAGCACGAAUCAGUGAAGCGAUUGCGCCACAAAUUGAGUCUGGAUUCAUUUUGUGGUUACAUUGUACUGAUGAAGAAGAAUCACUGCGGUAGCGCUCACACAACUGAACACCGACUUCGAUCCGAUGAACAACACCCAUCUGCGGAUAACACCAGCAAAGAUGCAUGCAACAAACGUUUCAUGUUUGAUUUCAACUCGAGUCGGUUACCAUCCCAACUCGAGCCUUAUUCGUAUUAUCAACUUAUUGCUAGUAUUGUUAAUAUUAUUAUUAUGGACAAGGAUAUGAAUUCGAUGCCUUUGAAUAGGCUCCAACAACAUGCAGAUACCUUUUUUCAGUACGUUCAACAUUUGAGAGAGAAUGAACACUUUUUGGAUGUAACAAUAGAAUGUAACGGAGAGUUGGUGGGAUACGCACACCGUUUGGUAUUGGCUGCAUACAGCAAUCAUUUUGAAAGAGCAUUAGCCAACGCGUCGUCGUAUUCGUCAAAUCUUACCCUUGAUAUUGAUUCUAAAAUUACAGGAGUGCGGAGUGAUGAAGUGGUCGAUAUAAUAGAGUUUAUGUAUACGGGCCGUAGUGAAACGUCUCAUCGAGCACGACGACUGGAAUGUGCUCGUGGGUUAGGUUGUCGUUCAUUGAUAAAUCUUCUGGAAUCAAACGAAGCGAUCUCGAAUGAAGGUGUGAUUCUCGAGGACAGUUUCCAUUCACAUCGGUUGUUAUUUGCUCUGGAUCGAUUCAAGUCCGAUCAUCUGUUCACUGAUUCAAUCAUUUUUUGUCAGAAUGUGUCAGUAUUACGAUGUCAUCGAUUAGUGUUAUGUGCUUAUAGCAGGCAUUUCGAGAAUGCUUUGUAUGAUACACAGGAUACGGCUAUUGUUAAUGUCGAUAUUAAUGCUUAUGUCACUGGUGUGGGCAGAGAAGAUAUUAAGCUGAUAGUGAAGAUGAUAAAUAAUGGUAUUGAUUAUAGUAUGGACAUUCGCAACAUAGUAGAUUUUAUGUAUACGGGUUGUGUGCGAACGACAUCGCGACGGUUCUUGGUAUUGCGGCAAGCUGCGAUUGCUUUAGCUGUUACCAGAUUAGUGGACGCUAUCGAUGAAGAGCUUUACAAGGAUAGUGCCGUUCCUAACGAUAAUACUACAGCUUUACAUUCCAAUAGUAGAACUACGAAUUGCGAUAUUGAUGAUGAGAAUACAAGUGAAUUGGGAUUAGAUGAGAGAAAUAACGACUGCUGCAUGAUAAGUUUGAAUGGUAAUAAUAAACAACAAGAAAUGAGUUAUUGUGAGAUAUACGAGGAGUAUGUAGAAGGUCCGAGACAUGGUCGCAAAGGAGGUACGUAUGGAAUGAAGCAGCCGCUGUUAUUGAUCAAGGGACAUGCCCGUGAUGAGGGAUGUUCGAAAGAAGUGUUCAAUAAGAGUGGUGAACAGCAAACGAAUACAUCGGAUCAUAUUCAAAUACCUUCGAUAACAAUGUCUUUCAUUCCAACUUGUAAACGAAAACGCUUGGUCGAUAGCUUCGGUUACGGCUUGCCUGAGAUCAUUGCACCCAAAGAUGUUACUGUCCCUUUAUUAGUCGGUGAUCAACAGGUUAUCUUCGUGAUGAUGGAAAAGCCAUUCAAAUGUCCAUAUUGUGAUCAUCGAACGAAGGAGAAAAGUGCUGUGGAAAAGCAUAUUCGCUGUAUUCAUACUUUCGAAGCACCGUACAAAUGUCGAUACUGCAAUCAAGCCUUCAAAGUACAAAGUAAUCUCGUGAGACAUAUACGUGCUCAUACAGGUGAAAAACCAUAUCAGUGUAAGAAAUGCGGUAGUUUAUAUGCAGAUAAAAAGAAUAUGGAUGCACAUGUGUAUCGAGAGCAUUUGAAGAUGAAACCUUUGGAGUGUUCAGAACGAGGUUGUAAUGCCAAGUUUUGGAGAUACGAUCGUUUCGUUCAUCACUGCCGAAAGAUGCACUCACUCGAAGUGAAUCUGAAUGAGCACUUGUUGUGA